AAUGUAUUGUAUGUGCUUGUAAACAGAAAUGGUGAAAGGAGAAACAAACUUUGUGAUGAGGAGAGUGACCAGACUGCAAGAGAAUGAAUGAAAUUAAGUGAUAAGUUGCUCGAUCUAUACGAUGUUCACCACGGUGGUCGUUUUGUUAUUAAUGUUAUCGAGUGCACACUGUUUCAGAAAAUGCGAUCAGAUGGUAACUAAAAAAGAUUUGAAUUCGGGUUUAAUAAAGAUAGCCGAGAAGCCUGUAGCAUCAGAUGAGCAUGAUGAAGAGAAUUUCAAAGUUGAUGUGUCAAACACAGGACCUGCUGUCAUUUGGUCAGAGAUCGAUUUUCUUGCCGAGCUGUCUGCAGAAUCUGUGGUCAUCAAUAAAAAGGAAUUCCUGUACCAUUGGAUGAAUGACGCUGACUAUACUGACAUACUGGAGACAACAGACAACUACAGAAGCAAUAUAUCAUCCUAUAUGUUUGACUCGGAACUCAUCUUGCCAAACAAAUACCAAAUGAAAGUCUGUGUUUACAGACAGCAUAAAGAAAACAUAAGGGUUUACAGAAAGAUUGCAGAGAACCAUACUAUAUUUGAAUUAACAGCAUCAUUGAAUGGAAAAGCUCACAUUUUUCAAAAUGUCACCCAUGUAAAUACUACCCAAGGCAUAUUUUCUACAAAAAGAAUAAUACAGCAUAGUGUGAACUUAACUGACAAGUUUUCUUCGGCACAUACGUACUGGUUUGAAUGGUUCAUAGAUGGCCAGCGUGUGGAAACCAAAGAAAAUGUCAAUUUUUUUGAAUUUAUCCACAACAGAACUGGAAUGUGUAACAUUCGGGUACAAGUCACCAUGGAUUUAGUUGAUGCACAGAAAAAACUAAAGGGAACCUGGUCCAAAUCUAUUUAUUUGGAGGAUGAGAUACAGUAUGUGAACAUCCUAUCUAGUUCAGAGACCAUUAUUGGAGAACCUAUUAAACUCAAUAUCACCUUUGAUGGCAGCGAAGUCAUUGUAUGUUGGAGGAUAUUGGAUCUCAACAACAGUACAGUACACAACAGGUCAUGUGAUGAGCCCAAAUCCAGGGGCUGGUUCCUCACCCCCGGGAUUGUUCUGUCCCCAGGGCAAUACAUUGCAGAGGUCACUGUUACUAAUGAUGUCAGCUCUAUCAGCCGUCAGAGUCAGGUCAUGUCAGUAUAUAAUGGUGGAACAGGAUCUUCUUCACCAUUAGCUGUGCCAGUUAUCUUCAGCAUGCUGGGUCUGAUUGUCAUCAUAGCUGCCGCUGCAUACUUUGUAAGACUGAAGAAGAAAAGGGAUGUAGAAGUGGCAGACUUUGACUUCCAUCCGGAGAUUCAGUCAACAGGUUCCAGAAUAUUUAACAAAAUAAAGGGGAGUGUUACAGACUUUUUCCAAAGAAAUGAUUAUCUAAAUAGACACAGACUUGCCAGAUAUCACCAGACAUCUGCAAAAUCUUAUGGUUCUUUGGAAGACUCCAAUGAACACUUAUGAACAGUGUUUUUAUAUUUUUUUGUUAAAAAAAUGGAAGAAAACUCCUGCACAAAUAUUACCAUUGAAACAUUUUAUUUAUUAGAGUUGAGUUUUAUAACUGUUUUUGUUCAUUGUUCACUUUUUACAUGAGAGAGAGAGAAAAAAAAGAAAAACCAAAGGGACAAUAUUUUAUAACCGUCUUAAAAUAUUAUUAAAAUAGAAAAAAUGAGGCCAAGCCCCAAAUGUCUAAUAACCCUUACCUUUUUGUAUAUUUGUGCUUGGUUAUUUUUUUUUAAUUUGAUUCCCUGUCAUUUUCAAUUAAAAAAAGAUAAGUUUAUCAUAUUUCUGUUUUCAAGCAUUUGUCUGUAAACUUGUAUAGUAAUACAUAAUU